UAAUAUUUUGCCCGCAAAAUCCUCUUUCCCGCCAUUUCUUUCAGUUUAUCUUUCUUCAUGCAUUUCUCACCUUUUUCCCUUCAAAUGCCAAAUAGAAAUAGAAUUUAUUUCUCUAAUAAUAAGCAACAGAACAACCGUUUUACCAAAGCACAAAUGGAUCUCUCAGAAAUUGCUAAGAAACUUGGUCUCUCUGAAUCCAAACACAUUGUCCGAAAAGCGGCCGAGCUCCGCCGCCUCUGUGACGUCCAGUUUGACUCCUCCGUCAUCGGAAUUGGAGAGGUCUGCAAGGCUAUUAUUUGCUUAGAAAUAGCAGCUACAAGGUUUCAGGUGAUUUUUGAUAGGCAGGCUGCUAUAAGACUGAGUGGAAUGUCAGAGAAAGCUUAUAAUAGAUCCUUCAAUUCGCUUCAAAAUAGUCUCGGUGUCAAAACAAAGCUUGAUAUUAGAGAAUUGGGAAUUCAAUUUGGAUGUGUGAGGCUCAUUCCUUUUGUGAAAAAUGGCUUAUCAUUGUACAAGCAACGCUUCCUUGCAUCAUUACCAGCCUCGAGGCGCCCAACUGCUGACUUUACCCGGCCUGUCUUCACUGCAGUUGCUUUCUACUUGUGUGCAAAGAGACACAAGCUGAAGAUAGAUAAGCUUAAAUUGAUUGAAGUUUGUGGCACGUCCGAAGCUGAAUUCAAAAGUGUCUCCACCUCAAUGAAGGACCUUUGCCAUGAUGUUUUUGGGAUCUCAAAGGAAAAGAAGGAUCCCAGAGAGGUGAAGUGCAACCGAGAACUGCUGGAUGUCUUACCUGAGAAAAGAAAAUUUGAGGAUGGUGGAUAUUUAUCUGAUGAUGGACCAGAGCUUUCAAGUUACAAGAAGCGUAAGAGAGAGGAGAGAGUUGCUUAUGAGGAUUGGAAAUCCUCCGUCAUGUCAUCCAAUGAGAAGGGCAAGGCAAAAGGUUCUUGCAAGCGAACCAAGCAAACUCGCCUUGACUUUCUCAAAAAAGUUCCUGAGACUACAGGUUUGGAAGCUUUGUGAAAGACAUAUAGGGCCAUUUUCUGCUAGAUUAUGACAUUUCUAGUUGAAUAUUUUUCUGGAAGUUGUUUCGAAGGAAAAGGAAGAAAAUUGCUAUGUUAAUACUGUCACCCUCAGGAAAUCAAUCACAGUUCUUUGUCAAUUACAUUUAUUUGUUGAUGCUCUUGUCACCUUGCUACCAUGAACAUGAAUACCUUGUAUAAAAUUAGGAGCAUGUUCAAUUGUAAGCAGUGAUAUUGUACAUAUGGAGAGCAAAUUUUAAUCAUUCAACUCCAAUGUCUUUAAAAUUACAACAAUUCCCAUUUGUAAGUAUGAAGUAUUUACAUCUCUAUGUAUGUAAAUCCCAAUUUAGAAUUAGAAGCAUUUGUGAUUGCAAUAAGGCAGUUGACCUGGAUUUUAAUAUAUUCCUUCAGCUAUUCAUUGGUAUUUGCCAGGUUGGCCGGUGAAAUAGUAAGCGAA